UCAGAGCAUAGAGACAGCCUGGAGGCAGAUAAAGUAAUCCGUGCAGACGGGGGCAUCUGCCGAAUGGUUCCCAGCAAAGAGGCACGUAAGAUCUUCUGAGGGUUUUGGAUCAAACCGUGAGAUCUCUUCACUGACCAACACUGGCCAACAGACUCAGUUGCAUAGAUAUGGCUGAUGUUUGUCCAUCCUAUCCAGGGAUAGAACUGGCCGCCUAAGGACACACUCUCCAAGCCUUUCUCAUCUCUGCAUGACUUCUUGGUACAACUGUCACACACUGCAUGUUGGUGACUCCCCUCAGCUGAUAUGGAGGCAACAGCAAUAUACAACUUAAAGACUACAGAAAGGGAUGAACUUCCAUUUAAAAAAGGGGAUAUUAUAAAGAUUCUCAAUAUGGAAGAUGACCAGAACUGGUUUAAAGCUGAACUUUUCGGAAGAGAGGGCUAUAUUCCAAAGAACUACAUCAAAUUGAAGCCCCAUCCGUGGUACGCGGGCAGGAUCUCCCGGCAAGUGGCAGAAGAAAGACUGCUGAAAAGGAAUUUUGUAGGAGCCUUUUUGAUCAGGGACAGCGAGAGUUCCCCAGGAGACUUCUCCAUCUCUGUCAACUAUGGGCACCACGUGCAACAUUUCAAGGUCCUGAGAGACUCUGAAGGUGACGGGAAAUACUACCUGUGGGAGGCCAAAUUCAACUCAUUGAACGAGCUGGUGGACUACUAUAGAAGACAGUCGAUUGCCAGGUUCCAACAGGUCUUGCUGUGUGAUGAGGAUCAGAAGAGAAAAAUACAGUAUGUCCAGGCCCGUUAUGACUUUAUCCCAGAUCAACCCUCGGGACUUUCUUUCAGACGAGGGGACAUCAUCGAGGUGGUGGACUACUCAGAUCCACAUUGGUGGAAAGGGAGGAUCUCUGGAAUGACCGGCAUGUUCCCACAGAACUAUGUGCACCCAAUCCAUGUUAACCAUAUGUGAAAUGUCAAUGUUAAGUGUCCUUAGUAGAUUAUACAAAGGGGUGUUGUGUAUAGGUGGCUCAAACAUGGCUGACUUUGACUUUCUGUAUAACAAAUUGUAACCUCUUACUAUAUCCCUAGGGAUGGAUAUGCCUCUCUUUUAUUAUUUGUUAUUUUUUUGUGUUUUUUUUGUGUUUUGAUAAGUCAUUCUUAGAAUCUAUGCCUGCUGUACAAUAAAUUAUAAGUAAUGAUAAAGUCAUGGAGUAAUA